CAUCUAAAAAUGACACGUGGCAAUCGUGUUCCUCAAUGGUCUCUCGAAUCCAUCGCAUCCCGAUUCAAAGCUUGAUGAUAAUUUCGUCAUCUUCUUCCUUGGAAUAACGUGUUUAGGCGUGUACAUCAAUCACAUGGUGGCUUUGUGUAACACAAAACCAACAUAAAGCUUCCAUACGAUUUAGACCCUUGGGGAAGGAAAAAAAAAAAAAAAAAUCUGAUAUUUUUAGACUUUUGUCGAUCGCUAUUGUAAGAUCUGGUCUGGGUCCUCGAUUUCGGUGAGUGUUGUCGGGGAAAAAGAAGACCCAUCUCUCACUUUAAUGCCUCGCACAAAUUGAGUCUCUGCUUCGGAUCUGAUUGUGAAUUUUUUACAGCUUUUUUUUUUUUCUGAGCUGUGUAUCUUGGGAAUAAAUGGGCAAUCCAGGUCCAGACACCGAGAGAAACAAGAAUAAUGUGGUCACAAGUGUGUUUGAUCCUGCAAUCUCUAGAUUCGUUGGGUUUUCUCAGAAGCUCCAAACCUGUCUUAAGUCCCAGCUGAAGAAUUUGAAAGCUGAUAAGCAUGGGAUUGGUUCUUCAUGGAGGCAGGAUAAAGAAAGCUCAUCGAGCUCAAUGCAAAUUGAUUUGGAGAAACAGUUAGGUAUUUGGAGAGAAAACCCUUCGUGGACUGAUCAGAUACCAGUCAUUAAGGUGAGUAUUCCAAAAGGAUCGCUUUGCAAUCUCAAAGCCGAGGUGAAUGUUGGUUUACCUCCUGAUGCAGUCUACAACAUUGUGAUUGACCCUGACAACAGAAGAGUCUUCAAGAAUAUCAAGGAGGUUAUGUCGCGGAAAGUAUUGGUAGAUGAAGGGUUGAGGCAAGUGGUGGAAGUAGAACAAGCAGCUUUGUGGAGAUUUCUCUGGUGGUCAGGGACAAUCUCAGUUCAUGUCUUGGUGGAUCAGAACCGGGCAGAUCACUCUAUGAAAUUCAAGCAAGUGAAGAGUGGAUUCAUGAAGAGAUUUGAAGGAAGCUGGCAAGUUAAGCCUUUGUUUGUGGACGAACAUAUGUGUGAUCGUUUGAAGCCGAAAACGUUGGAUGAGUAUAACCGGUGCACUGGAGGCAAAGGGAGGAUCGGAUCUAAGGUGACACUAGACCAGCUAAUACAACCAGCGAUUGUUCCACCUCCACCCAUUUCUUGGUAUCUCAGAGGAAUCACGGCCAAGACGACAGAGAUGCUCAUCUAUGACUUAUUGGCUGAGACCACCAGGAUCCGUGCAGCUGGAGAAAUGGAGGAUGGUCACUCGCCGGAUGAGCAACGGAUUGGGACAUCUGGGGACAUAAAGGAAAGAUGGGCAGCACAUAGAAGAACAUCAAGGAGACGCCGGAAUGACUUGUCUUAAGAGUUAAGCCUCAAGACCAUGAUUUUGGAAAAAAAAUAUCUUGAGGAUUUUUGAAACAAGCAGCAACAGAAUGUUGAUAUCUAUAUUCCUUGUUAAAGAGUUUACUGUUACCAAUACUGAUGUGAAAUUUACACAACAUUUCGAAAGAAAUAACUUCAUUCAUUUAUUUUUGUAAAGAAAGAAUUAUCUAUGCGAUGAAAAAGAUGAAAAGACAUGAAUAAGAAAGCAAAAAAAUCAUAUUAAUCCAGGUACAAUACACGAAAACUAUUUAAAAGGGUUCUUCUAGUAAAUUUUAGG